AUGGGUUCGUCUAUUAGAAAUCAAAAAUUCAUUGAAAAUGUUGUUUCCCUUGAUGGCAAUAAUAAAUUAAUUCAUCACAAAGUCGGUCUUAGUCCAGCUGCAACCAAAUCAAAUGUUGUUGUUGUUGUGUUGCAAUCUAAUAAAAAAAUGAAGAGAAAAAAUCACAAAACUGCUGAUAGCAAAAAUGCAACAAACACAAUCAAUUCGUCGAUGGAUAGAUUUUGUUUUUCCUCCUCCUCAAUUUCCAUCUCAAUUUCCAGUUGUUGGUUGUUUUUGAUUACAAUUUUGCUGUUUGUUGGAGUAUUUGCAGUCGAUGUGGCACAAGCCCACAAUCAACAGAAACAAACGACGAAUUUAAAGGAUAGCAAAGCUGAUACAAAAGAGUACAACAGUGCACAUGAUUUUUUUCGAUCAGUGCAUGAAUUCUCAAAUCAUGCGGUGAUUAAGCCGGAACUACAUCAUGGGAGACAUAAACGAUCUAUUAGGAGUACAUUGGAUGCAGAGAGUGGACUACAUGUGCCUCAUAUCACACUAUCAUAUCAUCAUCAAGGACAAAGGAUAACUGCCGACCUACAUUUAAACGAGCGACUAAUACCGGAUGGGCAUUUUUUGCGCUAUCAGGACACCACACAUGGCAAUGGUGACAUAGUACAAAAUUUCACAAAGACUGAUAUAGACCUAUGCCAUUAUCAAGGUGUCAUUAGAGGCAAACCAGAAUCCAAGGUAGCUAUUUCGACAUGUAAUGGAGGUGUAAAUGGUGUUGUGCACGAUGGCAUGGAUACGUAUUUUAUACAUUCGGGUGCAGAUGGACGAAUUCAGGAUGAUCACUUUAUAUUUAAACAUGCUGACAUCUUGCACAAUGCAACCUGUGGCUACAAUACUGAAUCAAAUCACAUUCACGAAACCAACGAACGACCUCGAGAUUGGGAUAACAUUCAAAAUCGGAUCGAUGGCUCCGAGUUCAAUCGAAUCUUACGAUACAAACGAUCCAACAGCAUUGAUAAUAACAUUAUUCGAGGCCCAUUCAAUGCCAACAAACAUUCAUCGUUCGUCGAACUGGUUAUAGUUGUUGAUAACAAAGUCUACAAGUCAUUGGGUGAGAGUAUGAAGAAGGUGCAUAAGCAUUGUAAAGAUUUGGCAAAUAUUGUCAAUGCGCUCUAUGAACCUUUAAAUAUAUUUAUCGCUUUGGUUGGGGUUGUUGUAUGGAAUGAAUCGAACGAAAUUGAAUUCUCUCAAGACGGCGAUGUGACCUUGAAGAAUUUCCUACAUUAUCGCCGAACUAAACUGGCUGUGAAUCAUCCAAAUGAUAAUGCUCAAUUACUGACGAAAGAACCAUUCAAUGGUGGAGUUGUGGGAAAAGCACUCAAAGGACCUAUUUGUACAUAUGAAUACUCAGGUGGUGUUUCUAUGGAACACAGUCAAAUUGUUGCCGUUGUGGCAGCAACAAUGGCACAUGAAAUGGGCCAUAAUUUCGGCAUGGAACACGACACACCCGACUGUCGGUGUCCAGAUGAGAAGUGUAUAAUGUCUGCAUCGAGUACUUCGGUGGUUCCACGUCACUGGAGUUCAUGCAGCAUUGAUCAAUUAAAUGUUGCCUUCUCACGUGGCAUGAACUAUUGUUUGCGAAAUAAGCCAACCAAGUUGUUUGACUCACCUCAAUGUGGCAAUGGUUUUGUCGAACCUGGAGAACAAUGUGACUGUGGUUUGGCUGAGUAUUGUAAAAAUACUUGCUGUGAUCCAAAUACCUGUAUGCUAAGGCAGAAUGCAUCAUGUGCCACUGGCGAAUGCUGUGAUUUGAGUACGUGUCGACCCAAGACUGCCGGCACGAAUUGUCGACCCUCGGAAAAUGAAUGUGAUCUCUCUGAGUAUUGUACUGGAGAGUCGGAAUACUGCCCAACAAAUGUGUUCAAAAGAGAUACGGAUACUUGUGAUGGUGGGAAUGCCUACUGCUAUCAGGGGACCUGUAGAUCUCGAAGCAAUCAAUGUCGUAUUCUAUGGGGACCGUCUGGAGAGAGUUCAGAGCAUUGUUAUUGGAAGAAUCUUAACGGAAGUCGUCAUGGGAAUUGUGGUUUUGAUCGAAUCAAUAAUAAAUACUUCCAAUGCGAGAGGGAGGAUAUUUACUGUGGCAUGUUGCAUUGUCGCCAUUUGAACGAACGUCUUGAAUUCGGAAUGGAAUCUGUGGCUGUGCUUUCGCAUAGUUUCUUAAAUCACGAGGGUAACAUCAUUCCCUGUCGGACUGCUAUUGUGGAUCUGGGAUUGCAAUCGACAGAUCCGGGUCUCACACCUAACGGUGCUAAAUGUGGCGAGAACAAAAUGUGUGUUGGCCAAAAGUGCAUUGGGAUUGAUAAUUUGCGAGCGAGUGGUUUCGGCGUUGAGUGCCCCGAAAACUGCAAUGGAAACGGAAUUUGCAAUAGUAAAGGACACUGCCAUUGUAAUUUGGGCUAUGCACCACCUUUCUGCAGUGGCCCCGGACCUGGAGGCUCCAGAGACAGUGGACCGGCAACAAAUCCAAACAGUCGCGAUGGAUUCACCCGUUUCAUGUUCAUAUUCUUUUUGGGAGUUGUUCCAGUUAUGGCCUUAUUAUGUUUCCUACUCUACUAUUGUCGCAAUAAUCCACAAAUGCCUGGAAAAUUAUUUGAAAAUAUUCUCGAAAAACUUUCUUUCAGUAUGAAAUCAACGACCAAAGGAUCAGCUCCUCGUGGACCACCAUCAGCACCAAAUGGUGGAUUGCCAAAAUCUACACCCAGUAGUACAGAUGAUAUGAAUUCUGCACUUCUCAAGUCACCAUCGGAUUCAGAUGCAACAAUUAACAAUGGAAUGUUUGGCAAGUUUAAAGGAUUCACAUUGCGACCUUUAUCGGAUUCGGGUCCACCAACUGCAGUGGUUGCUCCUAAUGUUGCAUUUGUUCAUCCAGUUAGUAAGUCAACUGCAGUGCAUGAAUCUAGUAAUGGAGGUGUACCUGCUCGAUCGGCUCCACCAGUUCCAAAACAUGCAACUUUGGAUAGAAAUGAUAUGCAAAAACCAAAUGGUGUUGUAUUGGGCAUGAAAAAGGCUAGUACGUUGGGAAAACUUCCUGAUGCUUCAGCACCAGCUCUUCCACCUCCAAAUCCUGGAUCACAUCCAAGGCCAAUAAUAUCGAACCCUGUACUCGAGACAUCAACAUGCAAGGAAAUAGGAAUUUCAGGGAAAGGUAAUGAAGCUGUUCCCGUUCGACCAGCUCCAACCGCUCCGCUGGCACUCAAUCCUGCUCCACCACCUCCGGUUCCACUUCACACAGAUCCCAAGUUGAAUACUCGCCCAAAAGAUGGAACAAUCAAACGAAUUGCUUCGUUUUUGAAAAAAGAGGACAAAUAUGUCCCGAAAAUCAAACCUGUCAUCGACAAAGAGAAGCUGAAAAAUAUCGAAAUAUCAGCUCCAAUUCCUCAAACAGAUACAUCCAACUCUGACUCAGAGCAACAAGAUGAGACAAAAAAUCUAGUUAAACGAGCACAAAGUAUGAGAAGUCCAACUAAAAAGCAACCUCUCGUUCAGACAUUUGGUUCCAUGAGGAACCCACCGGGGCUUAAUCGUCCCAAGAGUGUUAUUGGCACUGCAAGACCCAAAAGUCCGCCGCCAAGGCCACCAGCACCGCCGGGAGUCAAAAAGACCCCAUCAACCACUUCUUCAGGCUAUCAAUUGCCUUUAUCAUCAAAAGUUGAUCACACUUAUGAUGACUGUGAAGCAAUAGAAGAACCGCUCUCCGACAUCAAGGAAUCACCAUCCCCAACAGGAUCCGAUAACAUCUAUUCUGUUAUCGAUGAGAUUGUAUCUCCUGUUAAGGUGCCAUCAUCGAUAGAAGAAAGUUCCGAUAGUAUGGGUCUCCUUGGAGAGAUCGUAAACGAGAUUGAAAAACGUAAUGUAGACUCAAUAUACUCAGCUUCGACCCUUAAAAGUGCUAGUAGCGCCGAAGGGAUCAAGUCAAAUGCGCCUUAUGAAAAUGUUCCCAGUGGGGAACAUGAAACAGAACCGGACUACAUUAAGUCCAGCAGUAGCACCGCUUCAGGUGGCUAUAUCCGACCAUCGACAGUCAGUAGUGCACCCAUCGCAAGGGUUGCCCCAACUCGAUCUGAUACAUCAAUUUCAACAACAAAUGCAUUCUCCAGCUUCAAGCCUAAAGCUGAAAGUGAAUCUACCACAACAGGUAGAACUGGCAGAGCUCCAACUAUCACUCCGAAACCAUCGACAAUCGCUUCAAGAGGAGGCAAUAAAUCAUUUAGUAAAUCUCCCAGUCCCUUAGCUAAGACAACAACCGUUGAUUCAAAAUCAACGACUGAUACUACAGCAUCUAAAAAAUCACUGCCCUCAUCAGGUGCUGCUAAACCCAAACCACUUACAAAACCAACUGUAGCCGGUGCAGGCACUAAAUCUACAGUUGGUCGAACGAUAUCCACAAAUAGCAAAAAGGCUAUCGAAUCUACAACCGCAACGGCGACGAAACCACCACAAUCAAAUACAGCUCAACGUCCAACAGCAGGAGGCAAAGUCUCGACUGUUGCCUCAUUGCAACAAAAAUUUGAAAACUCACCGAAAACGAAGCCUUUGACUGGAAGUUUAGCUAAGAAAUGAAAGAAAGAGAGAGAUGAUUUUGUGUUCUUAAUCGGAUUCCCGAACCAUUCCUAUAUAAAAAAAAAGUAUGCCCCGAUAAAAAUAUUAAUUAAUUUAUAUUUCUUCAUAUAAUAAUGUCUCGAAUUAGAAUUUAAGAUUUUUUUUAAUUUUUUAUUUAAGAAUUCAAAGUCCUGGCUACAUCAAAACCUCGAAAACGGUACCGUUUUGUUUUUGUGUUUUUGAAAUUCUACAAAACUGACUGACAAGAGACUGCUUUGUGGGUUUUUUUUUCGUUUUUUUGUUUUUAAGGCUCGAUCUCUCUGUGGAACUUAAGUUUUUUUUUUAGUUUUUGUUUUUUAUUUUAUUUUCAUGUAGCAAGGACAUUCUUUUGUAGCAAGUUAUAUGUAGCUAAUUAUUUAUAAAAAAAAAAAACAAAAAAAUGUAA